CUGCGUGUUACGAAUGGUCGAGGUGGUCUUGUUUUCAUGAUGUAGCUUAGCUUGUAGAAACAGUGAGCUGGUGGCGCUUGGGUAAUGACCCACAGGAAGUUGAUGUCUCCCCUGCUUGUGUGCCUGAUGUGAUUUUACGCCGCUGGAGGUGGCUGUGUGAUGACGAUGUUGGGUUUGGUUACAUCAGUUAGUUUAUGUCUACUUAGAGGGCAUCUUCAACUUCCCACGAGGCCAACAUCGGGUAAGCGGCACAAUUUCAUCUCCAGCAAAACCUCAGCAGCUAGUACGUAUCAACAUAGUACAUCACUUCUACUUCAUUAGCGACAUGGAAAACUGAGACCCACAUGAAAGUACGAAUUAGUAAUUGCGAUAAGUUUUGAUUUUACUACCUCAAUAAUAGACUCACCCAUACUUCUUCACGAUAGCGCUAUCGUCGACCAAUUUUUGCAUUUCUAGGCGAUAUUAAAAAGAAUCUACACUAUAUCUCUGUGCUUACCCGUCCUCGACCACUAGCGGACGAACGUUGCUAGUUUUGACCGUACUAAAUUAUUCUUCACUUCUUGUUCUUUCACUUGUGCGCUAGUAGCGCAGGAGCUAUAAUAUCAACUCUUGCAUAUAUCUCUUUUUCCCGCCUGAAACUGCGUGCUCCUGCGCACUGGACAGUUGAUAACCGC